GUGCCCACAUGCAUGAUUGAGAGAGAGAGAGAGAGAGAGAGAGAGUUUCAGAAACUGUUACAAGUUAUUGUAGACAGUCACUAUUAUAUUUAUGAUCUCACCUUCAACCCCAGCAAUAGCACCUGCAGUGUGGCAGCACUAAUAGAAGAACACAAGAGAGAGACACAAAAAGGACCCAAUAAGGAAAAAUUGCUCAAAACCAGAACUUGAAUCCAAAGAUAGGAACUUUUAAUGUUUCUAAGCAACUUUAGUAGCAAAAGUCAUAAAGGGGUGUGGUGAUUUUUGAGUUGGAGUUGAAAAGAUGAGGGGAGAGAUGAGGAAGAGUGAUAGUGGUGGGUAUGUGAGAGCGGAUCAGAUAGAUCUGAAGAGCUUGGAUGAGCAGCUUCAGAGGCAUCUGAGUAGAGCAUGGACAAUGGAGAAGAACAAGGAAAAGGAAGAAGAUGAUGAGGUUGAAGGAAGGUCCACAAGAACAAGGCAAGAAUGGGAGAUUGACACUUCCAAACUCAUCAUCAAAGCUGUCAUUGCUCGUGGCACUUUUGGAACUGUUCACCGUGGGAUUUAUGAUGGCCAAGAUGUUGCUGUUAAGCUCCUUGACUGGGGGGAAGAGGGCCAUCGGUCAGAUGCUGAAAUAGCUUCUUUGAGAGCAGCUUUUACACAAGAAGUUGCUGUUUGGCACAAGCUUGAACAUCCUAAUGUAACAAAGUUUAUUGGGGCAACAAUGGGAACAUCAGAGCUACAGAUACAAACGGAAAAUGGUCAUAUAGGCAUGCCCAGUAAUGUUUGUUGUGUUGUUGUGGAAUAUUGUCCUGGGGGUGCACUGAAGUCUUAUCUCAUUAAAAACCGGAGAAGGAAGCUGGCUUUUAAAGUGGUUGUUCAACUGGCUCUUGACCUUGCAAGAGGGUUGAGCUAUCUCCACACAAAAAAGAUUGUACACAGAGAUGUUAAAACAGAAAACAUGCUUCUAGACAAGACACGAACCUUAAAAAUAGCUGAUUUUGGAGUAGCUCGUAUUGAAGCUUCCAAUCCUCAUGACAUGACUGGUGAAACUGGAACCCUUGGUUACAUGGCUCCUGAGGUUCUAAAUGGUAAUCCAUACAAUAGAAAGUGUGAUGUAUACAGUUUUGGCAUAUGCUUAUGGGAGAUAUACUGCUGUGACAUGCCAUAUCCUGACCUUAGCUUCUCAGAAGUGACUUCAGCUGUCGUAAGACAGAAUCUGAGGCCAGAGAUUCCGCGUUGUUGUCCAAGCUCUAUUGCAAAUGUGAUGAAAAGAUGCUGGGAUGCCAAUCCUGAUAAGAGGCCAGAGAUGGAUGAAGUGGUGUCCAUGUUGGAAGCUAUUGACACAUCAAAAGGUGGAGGUAUGAUCCCUCAUGAUCAGCCUCAGGGUUGUUUAUGUUUCCGCAGAUAUAGAGGUCCUUGAAAGAUUUUUCACUGCCAAGGAAAUCGAUUAUGGAGUGGAGGGAUGUUAUAUUUUAUUUCAUUGGAAGAAAUAGGGAAGGAAGACUCAAGAUGGAAUACACAAAAAGUGUUAAAAGGCCAUAGUUAAUGAAGAGCUCUGCAAUUACUUUGUUACUUUGUUGGGCUAUAAUUUUUGUAAAGCUAAUUGUGCUCCUCAUUGCACCCAUUUUUAUAAUAUUUCUAUGUAAGUUAUACACUUGACAGUAGUAGCAUGGAUUGGUUCAAUACCAAUAUCAAAGUCCUGAUGGAUCAUUUGAUGUCCUAUGAGUGUAGCAGUCAUCUGUUUUGGCUAGAAUAUUUGA